UCGAGCCUCAUGAUGGCAAUGACCAGAAGGACCUGUGUUCGAUCCUUCAACAAUAGCAAAAUGUAAAAAUUGUUUCUUGUUUUCUCGAGUAUCUGCCACCUCGAGAUCUGAAAUCUGAUUCUACCUUUUCAUUUCCUUUCAUCAAAAGUCGCGGCUUUGUAAUAGUUAACUCUCAUCAAACUCGGUUUUCUAGUUGACUCAUUUUCAAGAUCUGGGGCAUCUGUCAUUUCUUUUCUUUAAUAAAAAAGCUUUCUUCUUUUUUAUAUAUUUAUCCCCUUUAUGUUUUUCAGCUGCUGUUGUUCGUAGUAGGUAAAAUUUUGGGUGGUCUUUCUUGCUUUUCAGCAAAAGCUGAGAGAGGUUUCUUCUUUUCUCUUUUGUCUUUGGGGAUCUGCGCAUCUCUCAGAGUUUAUAUGGGAAAUGGGACUCUCGAAAGCAUGAUGCUUUUGUUGUCUCACUUGUAAUUUGUUUGGGUAAUUUGUUUGGGAUUUUUGGUUGCUGAAGACGAAGCAAUGUCUGUAGAAACAUGGUGUAUGGUUCAGAAGAGUACUGCUACUAGCUCAUGAGUUCAUUGGUAUUUGGAAUCAAGAUGAUUGAUCAGUUCAUCAACUUUGUAAUUCGUCCUCCUAGGGCUGAGUAUGAUCCUGAUCAGUAUUUGUGGGAGAAGGAGUUUAGCCUCGGUGGCACCAAGUGUAAAAGACAAGACUUGGAGGCAACUUACAAAUUCAAGGGGUCACACUUUGCGUUGCAGUCACUACAUUCCCUCGUCUUCUCAGGAGGAUACUCCUCUCCCAUGUGUUAUAUACUGCCAUGGCAAUAGUGGAUGUAGGGCAGAUGCAAAUGAGGCAGCUAUGGUUCUUCUUCCAUCUAACAUUACUGUUUUCACCCUUGACUUCUCGGGAUCUGGCUUAUCUGAUGGUGAUUAUGUAAGCCUUGGCUGGCAUGAGAAAGAUGAUCUCAAGACUGUAGUAUCUUACCUGCGAAACAGCAAUCAGGUGUCUCGUAUUGGACUUUGGGGACGAUCUAUGGGUGCAGUUACCAGCCUUCUUUAUGGAGCAGAAGACCCUUCAAUUGCUGGAAUGGUCUUAGAUAGUGCAUUCUCAAACUUAUUUGAUCUGAUGAUGGAACUAGUGGAUGUCUACAAAAUCCGACUUCCGAAAUUCACAGUUAAAGUGGCUGUGCAGUACAUGCGGCGAAUAAUUCAGAAAAAGGCGAAGUUUAAUAUUAUGGAUCUCAAUUGUGUUAAGGUUUCGCCCAAGACUUUCAUUCCAGCUUUAUUUGGACAUGCAAGCGGAGACAAAUUCAUCCAACCUCAUCACUCUGACCUCAUUCUCAAGUGCUAUGCGGGAGACAAAAAUAUCAUCAAGUUUGAUGGUGAUCACAACUCUUCGCGGCCGCAAUCUUAUUACGAUUCAGUGUUAAUAUUCUUCUACAAUGUUCUUCGCCCGCCACAAAUUUCUUCAGCUUGCUCAUCUAAACUCGAAAGUUAUUACAGUUUGGGAGAUAUCAAUAACGCUACUGGUUUGGAUGAGAGUUUUCUGUAUGAGAUCAUAUCUGGUCUUCGCUCGGCAUGUAUCGAUGUGGCAAGUUCUUCUUCUGCGCCUCCUGCCCCUCUAACCACAAAGCCAACGAAUGAGCUCCUUUCAGAAGCCAUACCCAUGAUAGAUACAGAGGACGUGCCUGUAGAAGAUAAUGAUCACAACAUGGACGACCCUGAUAACUUUGAGGGGAAGCCUAUUGAUCAGUUUGAAGAAGGCUGUUCAUUUACAAGCUCCAACAGGGAAAGCUGGGGCAGAUGCUCUUCACUAGGAGGAACUGAAGAAGAUGAGAGUCUGACCGCUGGCGAGGGUGAUCAGGUCAAGAAAACUGCUGAUAUAAACACGGAACAAAAGCCUAGAGACUGUACUAGAGAAAAAGAAGAAGGAGAAGAAGAGAGGAAGCAGAAGAAAAUCAAGAAGGGAUGUGAAACAGAUGCAAAGAAGUCUAGACACGAAAAAUUGGAAAGGUUUGAGGCCUUUAGCAAAAGACUGCGGCAUUGCAUCCUAAAGCGAGUACACCAUAGAAGACAUCGUUCCCCUUGACGAAAGUUCAAAAAAUGAUCUAAUUGUUGUAUAUCUCUGCAUCUCAUUAUGUACACUUCCUCUUCGUUUUGGCAAAUGGAAUCACAUAUUACUCACCAAAUGGAAUCACAUAUUACCCACUUUUAACCUC